AUGGCCUUAAAACACGCCUCUCCCUCUCUAGGCCAUCCAUUUGCUUCAACAAAUUGUUGUACCAUUGUUGUAACAGCAGUAGCUGGUGAUUGUGAUGUGAUGAAAUGUAUUGCUGAUUUGCAAAAUGUAGACUAUCAAAAUCCCAAAGAAGCUUGCCCAGUUGGAAAAGAAGCUAUUAAAUGUAUGGAAAAUGUUAUUAAUACUUGUGCAGCAUUAGGUGAUAACAAAGAAUCCGUUCAGAAACCAUUAGAUAUGGCCAAAGAAAACUUUAAAAAAGCAUGCGGUGAUUCAGCUGCUGGUUUCAUCCAAGCUCAAAGCAUGUUUAUGUUGCUUCCUCUUGCUAUUAUUGCAGCUAUCUACUCACGUUUAUAAAUAUUAAAUAUAAACUGGAGCAUCCGUCUCUUACCGUGUUCACACCAUUCUUUGUAAUACUCAUCUUUAACGCGAUAAGAGACGAGAUUUUUUUACUACUUCUUCCUUAAAGAGAUUAUAUCAAAUUUAAUCCUGUGCCUUUCAGCAUCAGUUUUUCAGGUCAGGCUAAGUGAACAAACAGUAGUGUUAACAUACAGAGACGAUUUCAUUAGAAUUGGUAUUAUGUGUCCAUGUCUUAUGCAACUCAUUGCCUCUUUAGGCUAUUCUUGGUUAUUUCUACAGGGACUUGAUCUUGCUUAUAAAUAUCGGUACUUUGGUAUUUGAUUCUUUUUAGUAUCAUUAAGAACAAUUCUAAGUGAUAUAUAUGAUAAAAUCAAAGUUCAGUUUUAUCAAACUAGAUGCAAGACCCUGUAGAAACACCCAUAGUUUGUUAUGUAAAUUAGCCCUUUUAAUAAUCUUAGAAUUAGUUGAUGUCAAUAGCGGUAAUUAAACAAACGCCGCUUGUUUUGUGAAUUUUUCGUCUUGUUUACUUUUUUGCUCAGUGGAUAAGAAUACUUGUAGAAUUUCUAAUAAAAUCCUGUUUAUUACUCAAG